CCAAGGACACAGCCAACAAGGGGGCUUCAGCUUCAGCUAUAAAAGGAGGAACACAGGGGAACGCUGGGUAUUUUUAGGGAAUAUUUGAUGUUAUUCACCAUCAUUUUUUUUGAAGGGGUGAAUUGUUUUUGCCAUGUGCAGCACGGACUGAAAAGAGGGCACGAAACAGGCCGGAUUUGCUCCCUCUGACCCUGAUCUGUUGUGUUUUUCAGCCCAGCAUGGAUGCAAAUCUGCAUGAGAAUAAACAGAAGGAGUCUCCUCACGGCAGGAGGAGUGAGCAGAGUCUCCUCAACACGUUGGCUGAAACUAUUCAAGGGCUCGAAGCUGUCAGACGCUGCAGAAACCAUCACUCUGAGACAGUAGGUGGGAGGAGAAGCAUCGGAGAAGAACCAGGUAGAGGCGGAGGAGAGGAGAUGCUCGAUCCUGCAGAAGAUGAGGAGGACGAUGCAGGGAGAGGGAGAAAUGCUGAUGAAGAGCGGGAGGAGAGGGAGUGUAAGCAGAGAGUCCUGGGAGUGCUGAGGGAGCUGAGUGUUUGUCAUGCAGACAGAGUGACAGCAUGGAGAGGAGUUCUCAGAGAGUGUGCCCGCAUGCUCCUCAAGUGUCCACCGGGGGGCAGUGAUCAGCAACAUCCAUCCACAACAGAUACAGAAUGUACAGUCACACCUUGUUCGGACUCCUUCAGUGCAACUUUUUUAAGUGUUGGAGAGGACGUAGAGAACAUUAUAGACAAAAUAAACACUAUCAUAACUAAGCUGGAUGAAGAAAUGCUAAAAUUAUGUGCAGCGGAGGCCUCAACUGAGGAUGCAACACCUCAGGAGAUCAGAGAUCCAAAAGAAACAGAGCAACCUGAAGAUGACAGUUAUCACCUGAACUCCGAUGAUCCCCUGGAGUCUGACUCUGGGCAGAAAGAGGACGGUAAAGAUGGAGAUGAUCAAAGUCCCACAAGGCCGCCAUCACCAGACAGUAAACAAACCUCAGACUCCAGAUUCAGCAGUUCUGACUGCAACAAUGAGGAAGAGACAGGGAAAGAAUCAGAAGUGAAAAGUCAAGGGAGUGGAAAUGAAGACUGUGUUUCUCCAGAUUGUCACACAGAUUUCCUGCAGGAGACAGAAAAGGACACAAAUAAAGUAAAUGAGAAGGGCAAAGAGGAGACAAACAAGGAAUGGAUCACAGUCGGGCUCACUGGUCGACAGGACGACAGCCCCUCAGACAUACCAGACACAUGCUUCAUCAGAGCACCUACAGGUGUGGCUGAAGUCCUGAGAUGUGAGGUGGCCGACACCCUGAGCUGCCUGAUGGUGACCGGUUCGGAGGAGCUGGUCAGCAGAGUGAUCAGGGUCAAAGUUCAGGACGGAGCCAGCGUCCACUUCCCCGUGACUGUGGCUGUGCCUUUCUGCACACGUUACCGUGGCAACUACAGGGAUGUCACUGUGAAGGUAGUUGAUGGGGAGAGAGGGGCCAGCUACGUCACGCCUGUAACCACAGAGGGCACGUAUGGAGGGCAGAGGGGCUCAUUUGCAGAGGUGAGGGUGUACUCCCUCGGCCUGUUUGCCGUUGUUUCCUGUCUAAAAAGAGAAAAUUACACAGUUCCCACAAAAGGUUUGUCUCUGAAGCUCCAUAUGGACCCCCGAAUCUGUCUGAACUACCUCCCAGGAUCCUUCACUGCUCCAGUAAUGGCACAAAUCAUGAUCCAGCCGGUAGAUGCCGUCCUACUGGCUGCCGUCAAGUCCAGGAAUGAUUCCUAUAAAUCAGUGGUUUCUACAAGUCCUCUGCUCUCCCUCACCCACCCAUCCUCUCAGCCCCUGAGGAGACCCCUCACUGUCAACCUCCCCUGUCCCCCGAACACUGAAAAGAGGAAGUGCAUAAGGGGACAAGGGGAAGAGGAAGACAACCGAACUCAGCCUGUCAGUGCUUCUCCACCAUGGGAUCAACUUGCUUCACACAGAAGGAGGUUCCUGGGGGCCUCUGUAAAGUCUAAGGAGAUGUCCAAUGAGCUACUGGUUGUUCUGGGUUCAAGAGACAAACAGUGGAGCGUCCUGGAGAAAGUCACGGUCAGAAACCAGCAAAACGGACUGGUGUCCUUUGAGCUGACAGAGAGCUUUGACAGACUCCUGGUGGUUCGUCUCCUCUCCUCACUGCAGCCGUGCCGUCUCACCUCCCUGGCAGAGGAGCUGGAGGAGUCGGUCUGCUGCCACGCGGUCACCGUCGUCCUCCAGCGUAGACGAGAUGAGCCUCACGCCGUCCUGGUGGCUGCUCUGCCCAGCAGAGACCUCAGCUGGGAGCUGUCCAAACUGAGAGCCCGGGGAUACAGCGGCCUCCUGGAGACCUCGUCGGAGAUCUCCAUGUGUGAAGGAGACCAGCUUCUGCUCCGGUUCAGUGGCAACAUCACCUCCGCAGGAGCUCAAAACCUCCAACAUGAACGACUCGCCUUCCACAGUCAGCAGAAGAACCACCUCUUGGUGCACCUGACUGAAGUGGACCCGUUUGGGAACUACAGCUCGCCCCACUAUAAGGGCACGGCCAUGUUUUAUAAGGUCACCAGAGGUCAGCUGGAGUGGCGAGGUGACAGAGCGGUGCUGAUGGACGCAAAGCUCCUGGGAGAGCCUGUCUGCAAGCUGUCUCUGACUUUACCCAAGAAAGUGAGAACCAUCAAUCGGCCCAUCACGGCGCGGGUGAAGUUAUGCGAGGGGACAGAUUCCCUGUCAGACUCUCUUCUUCUCUGGCUGUCCGGGGAGCUCUCAGAGGAGGAAGUCGCCCUUCUGGUUCUCUCCCUGCGUCUCCGUCGAAGCGCUGCCCAGCUGGUGAAGCUCCGGGCCAGGGACAGCCUGUCCACCCAGGCCUUCCAUGCCCUGGCCAUGUGGAGGAGGGGGCUGCCUGCCGCCCCACACCAAGCCAAGGCCUCUCAGCUGGCUCACUGUUUAGCAAAGAGUGGCAGGCCGGACCUGGCCAGGGAGCUGCUGCUGCGACAGGCUGCCACCACCAGGCAGGGCUCACUGAAAUAAGGAAGCAUAGAAAGUAGUUUUCACACCACACACGACAAGUUUUUAAUUGUUGCUGUUGGUCAGAGAGCGUUCCUGCCAAUUGAGUUGGUGGUAGUGUUUGGUUUGAUCCACAAGAGGUCAGCAUUGGACUGUGAGAUUCUCUGCUCUCUUCCAAACUGGAGUCAGCUCUGUCUGUGAAUCAAGACUGACUCCACUGAGUAUUUUUUAGAGGCCUGAAGACUUUCACAAAUCAAACAAUCCAGUAAAGCUAGAUCAUUAUCAUUUUACCGGAUUAUACACGGCAGAAUGACAGAACAUAUCUCUGGGAUCAAACUGCAACAUGAAUAAAUAACACUAUAUACAAGGACAAGAACACAAACAACACAACCAGUGUUUGGGAGGUAACUUUUGAAAUAUAAUAGGUUAUAGAUUACUACUUAGACUGUUUAAAAAUGUAAUAAAUAAUGAAACUAUGUUAAUUACUGGAACUUACAUUACUUUUCUACCAAAUGUUUUAAUCUGAUCAUUGAAGAUGAAAUGUCAUAAAAACACAAAUUAUGUCGAUGUUGACAGCAUUUUCACUGCUGGUAAAUAAGCUUUGUCCUGUAUAGUAAUGUUAGAGUCCUCCUCUGAUCUCAGAGGGAAAAUAGUUUUGAAUUUCCAGCACUGAAAGGCGUUCUUGACUGACAACAUGGCCACUCGCCUUGGCGUGGUCGGCUGGUUGCAGGCACAGUAAACUCAGGUUGCUUGGAGCAAUGCGUUCUGAUUUGAUUGGCAGAUAAGAGGCAAUGCAAAUUCAAAUCAGGGUCAAAAUUUGAGGGCAUACUGACAUGUAAACGGAGCCUGUUUGGACGUAGAGACAGCUCCUUGUCAGAAGGGCUGCCCCCUAAUAGUCGACCAAACGUAAGUGGACCAGAAAGGUCAUUAGUCGACAAGAUUUCAUUGGUUGCUUUGUUGCAGAAAAUAGUGUAACUCCAUUUGGUGCUGGCCUUGUCAAAAUAAAUCAAAACUGGACCAUGUGGAACUUUAAUUUGAAAGGACAGACACAAGAAGUGUCCACGCUCAGCAGUUAGACAGGAGUCAGGUUAAUUUCCAGGGCUGGUACCUGCGGUUAUUCCACAGGCUAGUUAAUAACAUGUCGGGCAGGAAAUCCAAAGUGUGGGAUCAUUUUGAGAAGGUGAAGGACG